UAAAACGUAUCCAAAAAAGGACUCUCUGUUCAGCAGUAAAUACAGUCCAUUCACCUCCCUGUCUAAUCUGUUACCAUGGAGAUCAUUCAACUCUGGUUGGAAAAUCGCUCUAGGACAACGUGCGUGUUGGUGACGUCAUGUCACAGACACAAUUAAAAAAAAAAAAGAUAAAUAUCCAUCUGACUAAGUCACCUUGUCUUUGUUGAGAACUGAUGGGAUUUUCCUGCAAAAAAAACAAAAACAAAAACAAAACGGCGCCUGUCCCUUUAAGACAACCUCGACUCUGUGUCUCAUUAAUUCAAUGUAGGACGACGCGUUAGUGGAGAAACCUUAUUAUUAGACCAGCAGCCGACACACACACACACACACACACACAGCUGGGGUCCAUUGCACCUGAACUUAUUGUUUCCAGCAUCAAAUCGCGGAUUUGAGUGCGCGUUUAUUCUGAAAAUGAAGACUUGAGGAUGGCGUGCGCACCUUUGGAAUAAAAGUCUGCCUCUGUUGCGCACGAAAGGAACGAUUUUUUCCCCCCAACAGCAGCAACAGAGUGAGAAAAAACCCAGUAAAACAUAGGGGACCGCAGAAGACAGAGGAGAGAAGACAGGAAGGAAUGUCGUCGGAAAAACACGGUCUGGAUGACUCUGGUCGUCAGACCAUGCAGCCUCCUCCGUACCUCCCCGGGCCCCAGGACCCUAGUUUAGCUCAGCACCCCAUCAUGGCUCCUCAGCACGGUGGUCCUCCUGGUUACCCUGCUCCUCCUCCUCCCCCCGCGGGCUCAGAAGGCUACCUCCAGGAAACCCAGUUCCAAUGCGGGCCCCUGGGACCUGCAGGGGCCCCGCAGGGCUACACCGUCCAGACCCAGGCCACCGGGGGCACCGUGUCACACCCUCCCGUCGGAUACCUCCACCCAGGAUACCCGCUCCAGCUGCAGCCGUGCACAGCGUACGUGCCCGUCUACCCCAUGGCCUCGGGUCAGCCCUACAUGCCAGCAGGGGGAGCCCACACAGGAAUACCACCAGGCCAAAUCCACCCCAUGCAAAUGCCUCCCACCAUCACCUUGAUGGACCGCCGGCCGCCUCACGACUACCUGCCCAUCGCCGUGCUCACCACCGUCUGCUGCUUCUGGCCGACGGGCAUCAUCGCCAUCAUCAAAGCUGUGCAGGUGCGUACAGCGAUAGCCAGGGGGGACAUGGUGACGGCGGAAAUAGCCUCCCGUGAGGCUCGCAACUUCUCCUUCAUCAGCCUGGCUGUGGGCAUCGCCUCCAUCGUGCUGUGCACCAUCCUGACCGUGGUGGUCAUCAUCGCCUCGCAGCAUCACGACGACGACUGGGAGCCGUAACUCAGCUCCACCAACGAGGGGCGAGAGAAAAAAAUCAACACAUACUUCAUCCUGCUCACUAUUACUUCAUGGCCCUGAGGGAAUGGGAAGGUGUUAAAUCACAAUCAUUGCUGGGACACACACACACACACACACCACUCAUACACACAACAAGAUGCAUGUCUGUUUAUUCUAAAUUCUUUUUUUUUUUGCAAAUGAAGUCCUUUUUAAUUCAUAGUAAAAAAUUAAUUAGCAAAUUAGAAAAACUUUUUAAGGAUAUUUAAAAUCAUUAAAAUGACAAAUUCACAUGUGUUCUGUAGGUAGAGUAUACAGGAAUCUACCCCCUCCCUGCACUGCCACCUGCAGGAUGUAUCAUUAGUGCAUCUGAG